AUGCAGGGCGGAGACAUUAUGAACCAAAACAUACUACUCCACUACGGUGUUUGCAGGGGAGGAGGCGAAUUAUCCCGUUGUGGUACGUACGUGGACUACUGCGUUAUGCAAGUGAAUGUCUGCAAGAUGAUUGUGGACAAUUGCAAGGUGAAUAAUUCGGACAAUGUUGUAAAAGUCCAAGUCGAAGUUAUACUUACCAUGAACUUAAGAUAA